AUGCAGAUCUUUGUGAAGACCUUUAGUGGAAAGCCCAUCACCCUUGAGGCCAGGCCCAGCAACACCAUGGAGAACAUCAAAACCGAAAUCCAAGACAAGGAGGGCAUCCCGCCUAACCAGCCGUGUCUGCUGUGGAGGCCUGAGGAAAAGCAACUUGAGAAUCUGAAGGAGAAGAUCCUCAACCGUUCAAGGUGUGGGUUCAAAGGCAAGAGUGAAGCGUGGAAGCCAUUUGUGCUGAAGGCUCUAAAACGUUUCUGUGCUGCCGCCGCUUCUGGCAAGCCACAAGCUACUAGUGGCAGAUUACCUUAUUCCAGACUGCAUCCUGUUGGUGGCAAUCGCCAGGAUCUAGGCGUGGAGGCAACAUACAAAUGA